CUAAUUUCAUUCUUAUGUUUUCUCUCCACACAAUCAACACAAUCAGCUCCCCAUGAAACUCAAAAGAUACGAACCCUAACCCCUUCCUUCUGCCGAUAUGCGUAACCCCAUUGAUUUCAUAUAUACAUGGAAUCGAUCCUAUGCGUUCUACUUCUGCUGAUAUGGAAUCGAUCCUAUGCGUAACCCCAGGAAGCCUUGAGGGGCACCGCGUCGACCAUCAACAAUUUUCGAUCCUGUGUGUUCUACUUCAGAUGCAGAUGAAAUAUGUUGAAGCUCGAUUAGGAGAUCGAGUUCUUUAUGCAGGGUCAUUUUCUUCCCACUUUUCCUAUUUCAUGUUGUUGUUGCCAGAGGAAGAUUCUCAUUACCUGCACCAUCAGUUCCCCAUGUCCGUGAUUGGGAACCAUGUCAUGCAGUUGUUGCCACACCUUUGCUUAUUGCAUUUGAACUGCUUCUUUUCAUCUAUCUUGAAAAUAGCCAUGUUACUAAGCCUCCACCUUUAA